AUCAGGACAAGAGGCUUGAUCGCUCCAGUUUUGUCUUUGGUGGGCAGGUUAUCUUGGUGUAUCUGUGAAGAAAGGAAGAGGCCGACACCCUGCUAGUCCCGAUUAUAAGCCCAAGCAGCUGUGUCGCAAGAACAACCCCUAAAAAUGCCAAAAGCUACGUCCUCUCGCGCUGCGGCCGCUGCCCGCCGGCACAAUCCUCUUGCUGAGGAUCUUUUGACUGGAGGCCACCUACGAACACAACCCAGCAACAAGAAUAAGCGCAAGUCGAAGUCAGGGGAUGAUCAGGAAGAGGGGGAACGCUUCGUGGAUGCGAAAACCUCCCGCAAGAUUCUGCAGAUUGGGCAGGAAUUGGCCGAUGAGGAAGCCGAGGAGCGAAAAGCGGCUCUGGGAGGAGCAGGAGAGAAAGUGAACACCGCAUUCGAUUUUGAAUCUCGAUUUGAUGAUGAAGACGUUUUCUCCGAUGACGAUGGAAAGUUCAAUGAGGAACAGUGGGAUGAUGAGGAGGAAAUCGAGGAAGUGGAGGUCGACCCCAAUGAUCUUGAUAUGUUCCACAAGUUCGUUCCUCGAGGCGAUGAGGACCCGAUCUUCAAUCCUAGCGGACCCGAGGCCAGCGGCCAAACCACCAAUUUAGCAGACCUCAUUUUGGAAAAGAUUGCGGAGCACGAAGCCAAACAGGCUGGACAUACAGGACCGAUAAUCCAAGGUGGUGGAUUGCCCGAGGAUGCUGUUCAAAUCCCAGCCAAGGCCGUUGAGGUGUACGAAAAAGUCGGUAUGAUCCUCUCUCGCUAUAAAUCUGGUCCUCUCCCGAAACCAUUCAAGAUUCUUCCUUCCGUUCCUAACUGGCCAACCCUCCUUUCCAUCACCCGCCCGGAGUCCUGGACCGCCAACGCUGUUUACGCCGGCACAAGAAUCUUCAUUUCAUCGAAGCCAGCCGUUGCACAGGAGUUUAUCUCCACUGUGUUGCUGGACCGUGUCCGCGAAGAAAUCUACGAGCACAAGAAGCUUAAUGUCCAUACCUACAAUGCGUUGAAGAAGGCGCUCUAUAAACCUGCGUGUUUCUUCAAGGGGUUCCUGUUCCCCCUCGUCUCUGCGGGCACCUGCACCUUGCGGGAAGCCCACAUUGUGUCUUCGGUCAUCGCACGUGUCUCCAUCCCGGUUCUGCACUCCGCUGCAGCUCUGCUCCGCCUGUGCGACCUGGCCGCCGAGCAGUCCAUGAGGUCGCUAGAGAGCACCGGUGCAGUUAACGUCUUCAUCCGCAUUUUCUUGGAGAAGAAAUAUGCGCUUCCGUACAAAGUGAUCGACGCUCUUGUCUUCCACUUCCUCCGAUUCCGUGCUAGCGACCCCUCUGAAGAAAUGAUGACCGAUGGACCAUCCGCGAGCAAAGCUUAUAAGCUCCCCGUUCUGUGGCAUCAGUCGCUGUUGGUCUUUGCCCAACGGUACCGCAACGAUAUCACCGAAGAUCAGCGCGAGGCACUGCUGGACUUGUUGCUGGUUCGUGGACACAAGGACAUUGGACCCGAGGUGAGACGUGAACUGCUGGCCGGUAGGGGACGAGGGGUGGUGGUGCCCGAUCCUGAGAUGCAACAUGCGCUGGAUGCAGGAGACGACACGAUGGAUAUUACAUUAUAA